AUGAAUUCCGAAGCAACGAGCACAAAUCCACCGAUCAAACACUAUGAAACAAGUUUCAAAUGGACCCCAACAAUGAAAAUGUAUUUGUUAUCUCACACAUCUAACAAAGACUUAUUACCAUUUGGUAUGUACUAUUGAUGUUUAUUCAUAUUGUUCAUUUGAUAUUAAGGAAUUUAUAACGUAUAUAAUGGGUCCGUUCAUAAAGUAGAAAUGUUACUUUUUUUAAUACUUAUAUGUUUAUGGUUUAAAUAUUUUAAAUCAGGUGGGUACCUAUUCAAAAGUUUGCUUCUAAAAUGUCCAGAAUUCGCUGAUUGCUGAAAUAGCUAUAAGUCAAUUAUUAUUUCAAAUCCUUAAAUAAUAUAAAUACUAUAUAUGAUAAUGCCAGAGAGUCAAUGAUAAUUCGCGGAUAUUUACAGAGUUCUUAGUUUUACUAUUGGUUGCAUAUCUUAUUAUUUUUGUUACCGUUUGAUUCAUGUUACAGCAUUUAUGUUAUCACAUUUAUUGUAUUGUAUAUGAAUGCCUAUCUGCACUUGUUUUGUUUAUUACAUGACAAUUAUAAAUUGUACAAGGUUUAAUAGAAAUUAAAUAUGAUUACUGUAGUUGUAGUAAUUUAUAGUUUUAGAAAUAUUUAAUAAUAUAAAAUCUGUUUGGAAGUUUAUUAUUUGAUUUUUGAUUAUUACUAUCAAAUAGUACCUAUCAAUGAACAACAAUAUUAAUAAAGGGCAAAGGUAGGCGACCAAUACCAAAACUGAGGGCGUUUUUACAAUCACAAUUUAAUUAUCGACUGUUCCGUAGGUUUUAUCUUAUAUAGUAUUUGAUAAUACUAAAUUCAGGAAAAUCCACUUUCAUUAUAGUAUAAACUUAAACACAAUAUUUUUUUAACAAUAAAAUGUUUUGUUUUGGAAGUUCCUGCACUUAAAACUAUCGAUAUAUGCUCUUAAAAACACUAAAAACAUGUGCAUUUAAUUUUGUUUUUUGGUUAAAAAAAUUAGGUACCUAUAUUUCGAGUUUUGGUUGGAGCACUCUGACUUUUAUUUAA